AUGUCUAUGUUCCGGGCCAAGAAGCUCGACCUGGGCUGCAUCAUCCGCACUAGGAUCGUGCGUGACCACACCAAGCGCAAAACUUUUGAGGCGUUCGAACCCGAGAGGCAAGCCCUUCGCUACAUCAUUCGCAACACGACAUUGCCGCCACGAACCAGGGCCGAGGCCCAGCUCCAACUCACGCAGAUGCACGCAUACACCAGGCCGACCCAGAUCAGGAACAGGUGUAUACUGGGAGGAAAGACAAGGGGUAUAUUUAGGGACUUUAAGAUGUCGCGUUACAACUUCAGGUUGCAGGCAUUGGCUGGAUCCAUCCCGGGUGUGAAGAAGGCUUCAUGCUACUUCAUCAACGAGGACGACGAGUUGCGCAACAUCGAGAACCCCAAGUUCUACUUUAAAUAUUUCAUCAACAAGAAUGAACGCUACAAUGAGCGACAGCGUUUUGCUCUUCACGAGGCGCUCGCCCAAGAAAUCCACGCCCGCUUCACCAAAGCCGGCCUGAUCAAACACCGCCUACCCCUCGACGCGGGUCCGACGGAUCCCCACGUCCCUAUCUUUGCCUCGCCAAACCUGGCCACCUGCUCACGCGCCAUCGCCAUCGUCGGCGAGUCCCACCAGGACUUGGGCGUCUUUGCCUACCGCACCGUCUGCGGGCCCGGCGGCAUCACGGCCGGCACGGCUCUGUCGUACGCCGCCAGGCUCCCGGCCGACGCGGCCCUCAUCGUCGCCAACCCGGGCCAGCUGUUUUGGUAUGCCGAGGGGAACCGGACGCUUAACGCGCAGAGCCAUCUGGGCGUGCCCAUGCCGAGCGCCGUGCACUUGGGCCUCGUCACGCGCGAGGAGCACCGGGUGCCACAGAACAGCAACGCCGAUGAGCAUGUCCGCUACAUGUUUGAUGUAGUGCUUCCAAAGCUGCUGAAUAGAAACAAGAACGCCCAGCUUCAUGUUAUUGGCGUCGGCGAUGGUGCCGAUGCUGUCGAGGCGUAUUUGGAUCAGGAGGCGCACUGGGCAAAGUGGGAGCCGCUGCUCAAGUCGCUCACCAUCAUGGGCGGUCUCUAUGACGGGGUCGACUCUCAAGUUCCCGGGUUCAGGAAGUUCUUGCGAGAGCGCGCCCGUGCUUACAUAGUCUGCGACGAGCCGCUCAACAUCCCCCUUUCCGGCCCGGAUGGCAACGAGCGAGAGGCGCGCUUCACCAGCUUUGGAUGCCCCGUCUUCAGUGCCGGCGAGCCGCUCAACAUCGAGUCCAUUCCCAUCAAGGCGCGCGACGCCGCGCUCGAGUGGAUCGACGAGGUCGCGGCGGACGCCGACUACAAGAACCAGCCUGUCUUCAUCUCGUACGGGGACGACGACGUGGGUAAUGACGCUGUGUGGGGUACGGAGACGGUUAUCGAUGAGGCGCUGGCCAAGGGGAUGGAGAAGGAGUAG